UAGUUAUUCAUCCCAAAUAGAAACAUGUCGAAAAUUAUUUUAUUCUCAAUCCUCUUCAGUGCCAUAGCAUUCGAAUCGAAUUGUUACGUACACAAUCGCGUUGUAGAUAAUAAUUUUGCAAAUAUUCUUUUAAAAUCGAGUAACUUAAUUCAGGAUAGUCCGCAACGUAGUUUGGAGUGUUUCGCAAUUUAUAUUCCAAAAAUCAACGAAUUAACAGCUAAAUAUGAGCUCGAAUACGAAACUUGUUUGCGAAGUUCUGCCGAUGCUCGCAGCAUUAUCGAUAAAGAAGUCGAAGGUGAUCGUAAGGAUUUAGAAUCGUCUGCUACUGACAUCUGUGGUGCUUUAGAAAAAUGUGGUCAACAUGAUUCUUCAUAUGACUUUUUUGAAUGUCACUAUGGUGUUGCUGGAGAAUCAUUAAAUAGCACGAGAUAUAUACAAAAUGUUUCGAAAGAUAAAAUGGAAUAUAUAAAAUUUAAAUUUGAUACCAUUGAAUACGAUCAAAAUCGCUGUACGGAUGAAUGCUCUCGUGUUUAUGUGGAAGAAUCUACAAAAACUUAUAGUGAUUUAGAUAAAUGUUUGGCUGGUGUAGCAGUUGAUUCCAUGUCACAAGAGAAAGCACAAUCAGAUGGAACCACCACUUCUACUAAAACAGAUUCAUUCAUCCCAAAACGAAUCAUGUCGAAAAUUAUUUUAUUCACAAUCCUCUUCAGUGCCAUAACAUUCGAGACUAAUUGUUUUAAACACAAUCGCGUUUUAGAUAACACUUUUGCAAAUAUUCUUUUAAAAUCGAGUAACUUAAUUCAGGAUAGUCCGCAACGUAGUUUGGACUGCUUCGCAAUUUAUAUUCCGAAAAUCAAUGAAUUAACAGCUAAAUAUGAGCUCGAAUACGAAACUUGUUUGCGAAGUUCUGCCGAUGCUCGCAGCAUUAUUGAUAAAGAAGUCGAAGGUGAUCGUAAGGAUUUAGAAUCGUCUGCAACUGACAUCUGUGGUGCGUUAGAAAAAUGUGGUCAACAGAAUUCUUCAUAUGAAUUCUUUGAAUGUCACUAUGGUGUGGCUGGCGAAUCAAUGAACAGCACAAGAUAUAUACAAAAUGUUUCAAAGGAGAAAAUGGAAUAUAUAAAAUUUAAAUUUGAUACUAUUGAAUAUGAUCAAAAUCGCUGUACGGAUGAAUGCUCCCGUGUUUAUGUUGAAGAGUCUACAAAGACUUAUAGUGAUUUGGACAAAUGUUUAGCUGGUACUGCCGUCGAUUCAAGACCGCAAGAGAAACCACAACCAGUAGAAACAACUCCUGCUGUCACUGCUGCUACCACAGAUCAAGAAGAGUAAUAAUUUGUAUUUAACAAGGUAGUUCCUCAAAAUUAAACUAAGGAAAAUAUACAAGAAAUCAAAUAAUAAAAA